AUGAAUUUUGAAUACGUUGCUGCUCAUAUCAGCAAUUAUAUCAAUAACGAAAAUUUCCUUUAUGCAUUUAAUAUGAGAGAUAUCAAAACAAUCAUGAAAUAUUCAUAUCUGGCAAGUGAUCAAUACUUUUCUCUUCUCAAACAAUCUUCAUCAACUAUCAAUGCCAAAGAAUUAUAUAUCUGUACACGAAGGAAAAAGAUCGAAAGCGAAAAAGGAAUUCUCAGUCUUGUUAAAUCACUCAUCGAAUGUUAUGGUGAUAAAGAUGUAAAGACUAAUUAUGGAAAAACUCCAUUCAUUCUUGCAUCAUGUUAUGGAUAUCUUGACAUCGUUCAAUAUCUUAUUGCAGUUGGAGCUGAUAAAGAAGCAAAGACUAGUUCAGGAAAAAUUGCACUGAUGCUUGCAAAAGAUAUUGUGAGAGAUUACUUAAUGAACGAGCCCGAAUCAUCUAGUUUAAUAAUUCUAAUCCUGAUAAACCUACAUAUUUGA